AUGUUACAAAAAGAUGUAAAAUUGGAUAAUACAACUAAAACAUUGGUAUUAAAAAAACAUAUAGAUUUCUUACAAUCAUUUGGCAAGGAAAGACAUCAAUAUGAAAGUAGUAUGAUGGAAUUUCUUCGUAUGUCCGGUAUGUACUGGGGCUUAACUGCAUUAUAUUUGAUUAAUGAUGGAAAAAUACCGAAAGAAGAUGAGAUAUUUGAAUACAUUAAAAGUUGUGAACACAGUUGUGGUGGAUACUCACCAGCCCCUGGUCAUGAUCCACAUUUAUUGUAUACACUCAGCGCAGUUCAAAUUGCUUGUCUUCUUAAUCGAGAACUGGAAUUACCAAUUGAAAAGAUUGUGUCUUAUGUUACUAAGCUUCAACAAGACGAUGGCAGCUUUACUGGAGAUAAAUGGGGAGAAAUAGAUACUCGUUAUUCAUUUUGUGCAUUAGCAUGUUUAUCACUUUUAGGUAAACAUAAUGAGAUUAAUUUGGUUAAAGCUGUAGACUUUAUAAAAAGCUGCCAAAAUUUUGAUGGAGGUUUUGGAUCACGACCCGGAGCUGAAAGUCAUGGUGGUUUAAUCUAUUGUUGUGUUGGCUCAUUAUCUAUUGCUGGACGAUUAGAUUUAGUCGAUGCUGACACAUUGGGUUGGUGGUUAGCUGAAAGGCAAUUACCAUCUGGUGGACUUAAUGGACGCCCUGAAAAAUUACCAGACGUUUGUUAUUCUUGGUGGGUGUUUUCAACAUUAAAUAUUUUAGGACGCGACCAUUGGAUUGAUAAAGAAGAUUUAAAAACUUUUAUUUUAGCAUCUCAAGAUAAUGAUGGAGGUGGAUUCAGUGAUCGUCCUGGGGAUGAACCAGAUCCUUUUCAUACUCUUUUUGGUCUUGCAGCAUUGUCACUAAUGUCAUAUGAUAACAUUUUACCGAUAGACCCUACUUAUUGCAUGCCAAAAGCAGUUAUUAACCGAUUAGGAUUGAAACCUCAAACCUUAUCCCGACCAUGA